ACCAAAAAAGAGAUUAAUUACCUUCAAAGAAAAGACCCAAAUGGAAUCGAGAAUGGGUACAGGCCGCUUGGGGCAGAGAUGAAGCAGUUGGAUAUUCAAGCUCAGUUAACUUCAGAUUCAGACAAUGAUCAGAUUGGAAUUAUUGGAGAAUGUGAAAAUGCAGGAAGCUUUUGA